AUGGUUAAUGAAGCCGAACAAGAGCAAAUCGCUGACAUUGAAAUUGUGGCAUCGCAGUCUUCCCCUCGCCCUUCCUCGCCCGUUAACGGAGCCGGCGCCGCCGCCUCUGGCGCCAGCGUCGCGCGUCCUUCCUCGCCCACUCCCCCCGGCGGCCCCAGAACCGCCAUCCGUCGCCGCGCGGCUGCCGACCAGAAGGAGAAGAUUGCGAAUGCGCGGCCGAACAGCACGAGAGCUGCCGGUGCUGGCGGUAGCAGCAGCACCAUGCUGAGACUCUACACCGACGAGUCUCCCGGUCUCAAGGUCGAUCCCGUUGUUGUCCUUGUUCUUUCCCUUGUUUUCAUUUUCAGCGUUGUCGCCCUUCACAUCAUUGCCAAGCUCACCCGCAAGUUCUCGUCUUAA